AUACAAUAGAGAUCCUAUUAACAAUGUAAUGAGCAAGGAACCGAUGUGUCUAAUCAGUUUGAACUACAAUUGAAUACUUUAAUGAGUUAAACAUUUAUGCUGAACCAUUUUAGAGUUGGUAUUAUGGAUUUUUUUUUUUCCAAUAAUGAUUUUAGUAUUAUCACUUUGGUUUGGAAGUUGUUUGGUGUUUGCUAUUGGUUUUCAGGAAGCUGUCAAAGAAGCGAUUGAGAGGGUCCUGCUAUGGGAAAAGGUUAUUGAUCAGUACUGUCGACCUGAUAGGAUUACAGCAAAGAAACAGCAAGAGGAGCUAGAAAAAGUUGCCGAAAACAUUCCUAACAGUGCGCCUGCUUCUGUGAAGCAAUCUGCCAAUCGUUCAAUUCUUUCCCUGCAGAGCAACCCUGGUUGAGGAUUUGACAAGAAAUUCCAAUUCAUGGAUAAGCUUGCACGGGAGGUCCCUCAACAAUACAGUUGAAGUUGGAAGGCUUGUUUCUGAUGAUGAUGUCUUGAUUACUGAGAUCCAUCUUCAUCUGGAAUCGAUAUAUGUUGAUUCAAUCUUCAUUUGAAAAAUAAUCUGAUAUGCAAAAUGCUUUUCAAAAAAUUUUGGAGCUAUGUGCUAUAAUUGACUGUUGGAAAUAAACUCCUCAAGCAGGUCUUUUGCUUUUCUUUGCAACAAUACUUCAUUCGAAAACAAUCAUAUGUGUGGUAUAUUGUAUGGGGAUCAGCGAAGAGCAAUCACCAGAAUACAAGCAAGAUGUUAAGCAUGACUAUAACAUGAGAUGGGAGACUUUCUAUGGAUGAAGUUUCUUAUUAUCCUUGGUGGCAAACUCUGGUUAUGGACAUAUCACUGAAGGUUUUUUUGAGCAAAUCUUAAGACACAAAGAAGCAUAGAAGUAGCUUCAAUGUUGUUUACAACAAAAUCUAUCUGAGUUUGACUAUGGACUAGAGUAUCAUUUGUCUCGUGUUGCCAGAGUUGAAUUAUAAUACAAGUGUUGCAACAAA